UUAACACCCAGCUAGAAGCCAUUAUACACAAGAGAUUGUGCCUAGCUAAAUCUACUCAAUCAAAUACUAUUAUUACGUGUUACACUGUUUUUAAUCAGAAAGAGUGGCAACACCCGAGCAGCACAAUUAAAGAAUCAAACAGUAAAACUAACUAAAUUGUCGAGAAAGUAAAGGAGGACAAGAGACAGAGGCCUAGGGACGACUGGAUUUUCACCCGGGCCGUGAAGCUUGGCGGAGGGAUUCAACCGACUUCAGUAGACAUCGGAAGAGGAAAAGCCGCCGUCUAAAUUCCGCACCAAUUAUUUGGUUUCUCUAGUCAGAUAUCUUUUACAGUGUGUACUUGGCUUUUCUCUUAGCUCUGUGUUCUUAUUUAGAUGGCAAGCUUCCCAGACUCUGUAAACGAAAAUGAUAUAGGUAAGGCUAAGUUCAUCGGUGAACUCUUGGUGCCUGUUGCUCCCUUCGACCAGAAGUCUGGACGCGAGGCUUGGACGGUAGCUUUUGCACCUAAUGGUUCCUACUUUGCUUGGUCUCAGGGACAUCGCAUUGUCAGGCUAAUUCCGUGGACAAAAUGCCUGAAGAACUUUUCAAUGGGUGGAGAGGGCACCGAUGCCAGUCAGAACAGCUAUGGAGGCCAAGUAAUCCCAGCUGCAGGUGACCCCUGUGAACACACCAUUGACUGCGGUGACAUCGUCUGGGGUUUGGCCUUUGGCUCCUCGGUGCCAGAAAAGCAGAGCCGCUGUGUUAACAUUGAGUGGCACCGCUUCAGGUUUGGCCAGGACCAACUGCUAUUGGCAACAGGCCUCAACAAUGGUCGCAUCAAGAUCUGGGAUGUUUACACUGGAAAACUGUUGCUCAAUCUGAUGGACCAUACUGAUGUAGUGCGAGACCUGACCUUUGCUCCUGAUGGCAGCCUCAUGCUGGUCUCUGCAUCCAGAGAUAAGACCCUCCGGGUAUGGGACCUCAAAGAUGAUGGUAAUAUGGUGAAGGUUUUGCGGGGGCAUCAAAACUGGGUGUACAGCAGCGCCUUCUCCCCUGACUCCUCCAUCCUGUGCUCAGUCGGCGCUGGCAAAGCAGUGUUCCUAUGGAACAUGGAUAAGUACAAGUUGAUCCAGAAGCUGGAGGGGCACCACAAUGAUGUUGUGUCUUGUGAGUUUUCACCAGAUGGUGCGUUGUUGGCCACUGCCUCUUACGACACACGGGUCAUUGUGUGGGACCACCACAAGUCCACCAUCCUACUGGAACUGGGUCAUCUCUUCCCUCCUCCAUCACCCAUUUUUGCUGGAGGGGCAAAUGACCGCUGGGUUCGCUCUGUGAGCUUCUGCCCUGACGGCCGUCACAUUGCUAGCAUUACUGAUGACAGGCUGGUUCGUUUCUGGAGCAUAGAGGAAAGGGCUCCUCAGGCCAUUGCCUCUCUGUCUAAUGGCCUCUGCUGUGCCUUCUCUGCCGAAGGGAGUGUCCUUGCUGCUGGGACUCGUGAUGGUAGUGUCCAUUUCUGGGAGUGUCCUCGUAGCAUUGCCAGUCUGCAGCACAUGUGCAGGAUGGCCCUUCGCCGGGUGAUGACCACCCAGCAGGUGGAGAUCCUGGCUAUUCCCACGCCACUCCGUGAUUACUUGACCUACAAAGUUAUCUAAUCAUCCCUUCCACCCCACCAGCCUCAACUAACACCACUGCACCUGCUGCAGCAGCAUGCUGGAAAACCAAUGAAUCCCUUAUUUCCAGAAAAAUUAACAGUGUUUCAUUGAACUUUUAUUGAACAAACAAAAGUGAUCAGGGCAGGAGGAAAAGAUUUAAGCUUUACCGAAACCCCCACCACACCUCUUACAGCAGGAUAUUGUGUUGUUUUGUACGUAUUUAUUUUUGUAAGUGCUCGAGUAAAUUAGUGUGCUGGAGCAAGUGCACCAUCUAUACCUGUCAGGGCAAGUUUGGUGCCUUAUGUCCCCUCCAUCAGAUCAGUGUGGUACCUGUAUGUGUUGAGUUCCUCUUCUAGCUGGCUUCAUCUUUGCGCUAGGUUCAGUAAACCCAUCAUCUUCUCUUCUGACUUGUAUUGGCUGUGGUACUUUUCAUUUGAGAGCUUUGCAGCUUGGCUCUGCUUGACUGGACAUGUUUUUGGUACCAAGUACUUUUCUCAAUUUCAUUUUUUCCACUGCAGAUUGUCCCCCCCCCCCCCCCCCCCCCCCCAAUGUAGGUGAGGAUUUUUAGUGACACAUCAUGAAACUGCCAUGACAUCAUCUUCGACACAAACUUGGCAACGGUGGAUAUCAAAGAGAUGGCUUUUUGUCUGACACAAACUUUGUUUCAGAGAAGGAUGAAUGUAGCAAGACCAAGUGACCCCUAAAAACAGAAAAAAAAGAAGUCAUGAGGAAAGUUCGGUACUAUCCGCUACUCUUGACAGUGGAAAAGAAAAAAAGAGCAAUGCGAGCUGAGCCAAGCUGUACCAUGUUGUGGAAACAAAGUAUCUCAGUGUUGAACUGCUCUUCGAGCUGGCUUCAUCUCUCACCAGGUUCAAUAAACCCUUGAUCUUUUCUUCUGCACUUGCGCUUAACGUGAGAAGCUUUGUGUGUGUUAGUGCUUGCUUUUCAUGUCAGGUCUACUGUUAGCAAGUAAGUGAGUCUCACUCACUCACUCACUCACUCACUCACUCAUUAUAUAUAUAUAUAUAUUAUACACACACACACACACACACACACACACACACACACACACACACAUACAGCCCUGAAAAAUCCUGUAUUGGUUGUGCCAAUCUAUUACACCAUCCAAUUACUUUACCUGAGAAGCACCACAGGAACCUGUGUGUGUACAUAAAGCCUUGAAACCAGUGUCUUUUCACAGUAAAUCAAGGCGCCUCUGCCGCUUAACUGCUAUCUAUAUUUUGAACUUGUACAAAAAUCUGUAUACGGGAGUAUACUAUUUGAUUUGUAUGUGUAUAUAUAAAAUUGUAUAAUGUCUAACAACAUAUCAAAGUUUUAAGCCUUUUUUCACAUUAUUAUAUCAUUUAUAUCCAGUUCUUCUAUUGUUGUUGUUUUUUUUUUUAUUUUGUUCUCCUUUAAAUGUGAAACUCUCUACCAAUAACUACACGUCUUACUGCUAAAGGCCAGAAUGAAAAAUGUAUUACAUGUCUUUAUUAGCCGUUGGCAGUGAUAAUUUGCCCUGUCACAUAAUUUUGCUGUAUGCAUAAAUUACAAUAAGCAGUUCCAGCAAACCUGAGAGUUAUCCAAAGUAACCAACUCUUGAUAGAAAUGUAUGCACAUAUUGAUCGAAAUGACACAUUUUCAGAAUCCGCAAUUUCUUUAACGUUACUUUUUCUGUCAGUGAGAAUAGAUGUGAAGAAGGGACAUUGAGUUUUUAGUGUUGUCCUGCUUCUGGUUCUUCAGGACAGUAGGUGCAUAGCAGGUAUCAAUCAUUCUUGGCAAAACGUUUUGACAAUGUCAAUGCCAAAGGUAUUCCUUUUCAGAAGUUUGUAGAAAUGGUUUGGUUGUUCUCAUACAUUUCUGCUGAGAGGGUGUCUCUGAAUGGGCUACAAUUUGCAGAUCUAAACAAAACCUUAAAAGGGGUUUGCAUUACAUGUUUAUUUACCUUGAACCAUUGUGAUUGGAAAAACACAGUCCUGCCUCAGUGAAAUGCAGUAUAAAGCGGUAAAUAUAUAACAUAUAUAUAUAUAUAUAUAUGAAU